UUCUUUGAUCCGUUCUUCCAGGGAGCAGUAGCUCUCCGCAUCUUCUUCGCCCCCCAACCGAUUUGCUUGAAGUGCGAACAAGCUGUGUCGUUGCUCUCUCUGCGGAUGCCGAAGCGAAAGCAGCGUGAAAUCCUGAAUGUGGAGGAUUUCUGUGCUGCCGCAGCAGGGACAAAUAGGAGACGAAACAAUAAUGCUACCUUUUCCAAGCACCCGAAUACGUUAGACACAAAUAAAUUUGAACGUUGUUUCAGGAAUAUAUGGCGGGACCUUUCAGAAGAUAAGAAGGCCUCGUUCACUUUUCUGGAUAGCCUGUGGUUUGCCCUGUACAUGAAAGAAUCAUUGAGGGAAAAAGUGCUGAACUGGAUUAAGAAGGAGUGCAUCUUCUCCAAGAAAUAUGUCGUCGUACCUAUUGUUCGUUGGAGUCAUUGGAGUCUCUUGAUCUUAUGUCAUUUUGGUGAAACAAAAUCAAAGACCAGAACACCAUGCAUGAUAUUGCUUGAUUCACUGCACAUGGCAAACCCUAAGAGACUGGAACCUGAGAUAAGAAAGUUUGUAGUGGACAUUUAUAAUGCUGAAGCCAAGGAGAGACCGGAAAAGAAACCAGCAACUUCUCAGAUUCCGCUCUUGGUGCCUAAGGUACCACAACAGAGAAAUGGGGAGGACUGUGGCCGUUUUGUUCUUUACUUCACCAGUCUAUUUGUUGAGAAUGCUCCCAAGAAUUUCAGUACAGAUGAUGGCUACCCUUACUUUAUGAAAGAGGACUGGUUCUGUCCUCAGGACUUGGAUAGUUUUUGCAGUAGACUUAGAUUAGAAAACUGAAUAUUGUGGAUGCGGAAGACUUGCCCACAUUGGUUGAAAAUAGUGAAUUAUGUAAGAAGGUAGCACUUUUGUAUUAGGCAAUUUCUUUUCUAGAAUGUCUAGAUUUUGUUUGAUUGAAUUGACAGUAUUAUAGUGGUUGGAUGAGUUACAGGCAUGCCUUACUGGAUGUGUUCUCACCGACUUUAUUUCUAUGGACGAUAGUGAUUGGCAAUACCGUGAUUUGACGGACCGAUAA